CUCUCUGUCUCGUUUAUGGCUUCUCCCUGACCCCACCACUAUAUAUGGAGGAACCCAUUUUGCUUUUUGGAUCUGAUCCCUACCAUUUUUAGCUCUUCUUUACCACCCUCUCAAUUCCCUUCUUUUUUUUUUUUUCUCUCCUUUUUUUGCUUCUGCCUCGCUCUGUUCUUCGAUUCUGCAGCUCUGAUGGACAAAUACGAGAUCGUUAAGGAUCUGGGCGCUGGCAAUUUCGGCGUUGCCAGACUCCUCCGCCACAAGGAAACCAAAGAGCUUGUUGCCAUGAAGUACAUAGAGCGCGGUCACAAGAUAGAUGAGAAUGUGGCUAGAGAGAUUAUAAACCAUCGAUCGCUUCGGCAUCCUAAUAUAAUUCGUUUCAAGGAGGUUGUUUUGACACCAACGCAUUUGGCUAUAGUGAUGGAAUAUGCUGCUGGGGGAGAGCUGUUUGAAAGAAUUUGUAAUGCUGGCCGUUUCAGUGAAGAUGAGGCUAGAUAUUUCUUCCAGCAGCUAAUUUCUGGUGUCAACUAUUGCCAUUCAAUGCAAAUAUGUCAUAGAGAUCUUAAGCUAGAAAAUACACUUUUAGAUGGAAGCACCGCACCUCGCUUGAAGAUAUGUGACUUUGGUUACUCCAAGUCAUCCUUGCUGCAUUCAAGACCAAAAUCCACUGUUGGUACUCCAGCAUAUAUAGCACCGGAAGUUCUUUCUCGAAGAGAGUACGAUGGCAAGAUGGCAGAUGUGUGGUCAUGUGGAGUAACUCUUUACGUCAUGUUGGUUGGUGCAUACCCUUUCGAGGAUCAGGAGGAUCCUAAAAAUUUUAGGAAAACGAUUCAGCGUAUUAUGGCUGUUCAGUACAAAAUUCCAGACUAUGUUCAUAUAUCUCAAGACUGUCGACACCUUCUCUCUCGUAUUUUUGUCCCUAAUCCAUCAAGGAGAAUUUCUUUAAUGGAGAUUAAGAAUCAUCCAUGGUUCUUGAAGAACUUGCCAAGAGAACUGACCGAAUCGGCUCAAGCAGCGUAUUACAAGAGAGACAACCCAAGCUUCUCCCUCCAAACUGUGGAUGAAAUUAUGAAAAUUGUGGGGGAGGCUAGAAACCCACCGCCAUCGUCAAAACCCGUCAAAGGUUUUGGAUGGGCAACUGAAGAAGAAGAAGACGAAGAAGGCAUUGAGGAUGUCGAUGGAAAGGUGGAAGAAGAGGAAGAGGAAGAAGAAGACGAGUAUGAUAAGAGGGUGAAGGAAGUUCAUGCAAGCGGAGAAUUCUUGGUCAGUUAGAAGCGUGUAUCCCUCCGGUUACUAUUCAUUCAGGUUUGUGUGCUUAGAUUACUUCGUAUGUUCUCGGCGUCGUACUCGUGUGUAUAGUCUGUUAAUAUUUAUUAUAGCACACCACAAUCGUCUAUUUUCGAAGGUCGAAGGUUUUCAUAUAUAGUUUGGUGGUUUAGGGUCUGCUGUGCUUGUUGUGUUUAAGUCGAUGAUUUUGCAUUGACACUGUUUGUCAAUGAAAUGUAUGAUGGAAGAAGCUGUGUUAUUGACAUAUAAUUCAAAGUAGGUGGAAGGAUUUUUGGUGUGUAAACCUUGUGCUUACUAUAAAUCAUGAUGAAUGAAAGAACAGUUGCAAUGGAA